UCCUCCUACUCUCAAAACUACGGUGUAUAUAAUUCACCCAAAACAAAAGUUCUGAAACCCUAGCACAAAUACACAUUACUAGUGGCAAACCAAAAAAAGUUCAAACCAACGUUUAAAAAAAAAAAAAAAAAAAAAAAAAAAAAAGAAAAAAGAAAAACUGUGCAACAAUGGUGGAAACCGAAAACAUAGAAGAAAAUUCACCAAUAGAAGAAGUUAGAUUAACAGUAUCAAACACAGACGAUCCCACAUUACCAGUAUGGACCUUCAGAAUGUGGUUUCUAGGAAUAAUUUCAUGUGUAUUGCUUUCAUUCUUGAAUACAUAUUUCAGUUAUCAAGACCAACCAUUGGUGAUCACUAUGAUAACCAUUCAGGUUGCGACGCUGCCUAUAGGAAGGUUAAUGGAGCGUACGAUUACGACACGAAAGUUUAAGUUGGGAGGAUGGGAGUUUUCGUUUAACCCUGGACCGUUUAAUAUGAAGGAACAUGUUUUGAUUUCUAUGUUUGCUAAUGCUGGUUCUGCUUUUGGGAGUGGUACUGCUUAUGCUGUUGGUAUUGUUGAUAUUAUUAAGGUGUUUUAUAUGAGGAAGAUUACUUUUUUGGCUAGUUGGAUCCUUAUUAUCACUACUCAGGUACUUGGUUAUGGUUGGGCUGGAAUACUAAGAAAGUAUGUGGUUGAUCCUGCUGAAAUGUGGUGGCCUGGUAGUCUUGUUCAAGUUUCACUUUUCCGGGCACUACACGAUAAGCAAGACAGUAAAUCAGAUAAAAGCCUAACAAGAAGCCAAUUCUUUGCAAUAGCACUAAUAUGCGCCUUUAGCUGGCAAUUAGUCCCUGGUUACCUCUUCCCAACAAUAUCAAAUCUUGCAAUUAUAUGCUUGGCCUUCCCAAAAUCUGUCGUAGCUCACCAGAUUGGUUCAGGAAAUAAAGGACUUGGAAUUGGAGCGUUUGCUUUUGACUGGAACGUCGUAGCUGCUUUCAAUGGCAGCCCUCUAGUCACUCCAUUUUUCGCUAUAGUUAACAUAGCUGCAGGCUAUGCUUUGAUCAUGUACUUUAUUAUACCAAUUGCAUACUGGGGGUUUAAUCUGUAUAAUGCGAAGACUUUUCCCUUCUUUUCUUCACAUUUGUUUACUGCUGCUGGGACGAGGUAUGAUGUUAGAGCCAUUGUGAAUAACAAGUUUGAACUUGAUUUGGGUGCGUACGCUAAGUAUGGACGAGUAAACUUGAGUAUGUUCUUCGCGCUUACUUAUGGCCUUGGGUUUGCUGCUGUUGUGGCUACUCUUACUCAUGUUGCCCUGUUCAAUGACAAGGACAUAUAUAAGCAAUUCAGAGCAUCAUCAAGCCGUAAGGAAGAUAUACACACCAAGUUGAUGAAGAGAUACAAGGACAUUCCUAAUUGGUGGUUUUACAUUCUGCUAGUAGCAUCAUUUGCUCUUUCUUUGGUGCUUUGCAUUUUCAUGAAAGAUCAAAUCCAAAUGCCAUGGUGGGCACUCAUUUUUGCUUCAGGCCUUGCCUUUUUGUUCACCCUUCCUGUCAGUGUUAUUACCGCGACUACUAAUCAGACACCAGGGCUUAACAUCAUCACAGAGUAUCUAAUGGGUUUGAUUCUACCAGGAAGACCUAUAGCUAAUGUCUGCUUCAAAACAUAUGGUUAUAUGAGUAUGGCACAAGCUGUAUCCUUCCUUAAUGAUUUCAAGCUCGGCCAUUACAUGAAAGUCCCUCCGCGAUCAAUGUUCUUGGUUCAGUUCAUUGGAACUAUUAUUGCAGGAACAGUCAAUUUAUUAGCAGCAUGGUAUUUCUUAAACACAGUCCCCCACAUAUGCCAAGACCAGCUCCUACCUCCAGGUAGCACUUGGACAUGUCCAAACGACAAUGUAUUCUUCGAUGCAUCAGUCAUUUGGGGCUUACUCGGACCAAGAAGGAUGUUUGGAUCCUUGGGGACUUACUCGUCCAUAAAUUGGUUCUUCUUAGUGGGAAUUGUAGGUCCUCUUCUUAUAUGGUUGUUACACAAAGCAUUCCCUCAACAUAAGUGGAUCCCGCUCAUCAACUUGCCUGUGCUCCUUGGUUCAACAGGCAACAUGCCCCCCGCCUCAGCCAUCAACUUCACCACUUGGAUAUUUAUCGGGUUCAUCUUCAACUACGUUGUGUUGCGUUACAGGAAGAAGUGGUGGCAGAAGUACAACUAUAUUCUCUCCGCGGCCUUGGAUGCAGGGGUGGCCUUCAUGACUGUUCUCCUUUACUUUGCCCUUGGAAAGGUUGGAGGCAUUUCUUGGUGGGGUUCUGGGUCUGAAUAUUGUGACCUUGCUAGUUGCCCUACUGCUAAAGGGGUAGUUUCUGAUGGUUGCCCUGUAUUUUGAUGUGUAAGUUUGGAGAAUUCAUAUUAGGACUGUUACUUGCCCCACAUUGUUAUCUUGUGUAGGUACUUAUAAAUUAACAAAGAUUAUUUUUAUAUGAAGAUUUCUUUAUGAUUCUUCCAUCUAUCAUUCAUCACUUUAGUUGUAUAAAUAAUCACUUAU